UUUCACUGUUGCACUCACCAUAGCAGCUUUUUUUGGUCACUAGAAGGGUGUCUCUUUGCUUCCGCAAUAUGUCUUACAGGUCAUUCAAACAGACUACUAAGACAAGCCAACAUGGUUCAGGAGGAUAUGGAGGCAGUCAAGUUGGUGGUGGCUAUUCUUGUGGUGUAGGGGCUGGGGCUGGAGCUGGUGACUUUGGUUUUGGUGGUGGCAUUGGUGGUGGAGCUGGUGGUGGAGCUGGUGGUUAUGCUUGUGGAUUUGGUGCUGGUGGAUAUGGUACUGGUGGAUUUGGUGCUGGUGGAUUUGGUGCUGGUGGAUUUGGUGCUGGUGGAUUUGGAGCUGAUGGUGGCUUAGGUGGUGGCUUUGGAGGUGGCUAUGGUGGUGGCUAUGGUGGCGGCUAUGGUGGUGGUGUGUUUGGUGGAAAUGAGAAGUUAACCAUGCAGAAUCUUAAUGACCGCUUGGCAUCCUAUCUGGACAAAGUCCAUGAACUGGAGGCAAAAAAUUCUGAGCUGGAACGUAAGAUUAAGGACUGGUAUGACAAACAUGGGCCAGCACCUCUUGAGGCACCAAAGGACUACAGCAAAUAUUUUAACCAAAUUGAGGCCCUUAAAGUACAGAUCAUCACAGCAUCCAAAGAAAACGCAGCAUUUUUAUUGCAGUGCGACAAUGCUAGGCUGGCUGCCGACGACUUCAAGCAGAAAUAUGAGAAUGAGCAGGUCAUUCGCUACUCAGUGGAGGCUGAUAUCAAUGGUCUGCGUAGAGUCAUGGAUGAGCUUACCCUAUCCAGGUCUGAACUGGAAGCUCAGUUUGAGAGUCUUACUGAGGAACUGGCCUAUCUUAAGAAGAAUCACGAUGAAGAAAUUAAAGCCAUCAAAGCUCCAGCAACUGGUAAAGUCAGUGUGGAGAUGAACGCUGCACCGGGUACGGACUUGACCAAAACUCUGAAUGACAUGAGAGCUCAGUAUGAAGACCUGGCUAUGAGGAACCGUCAAGAAGCAGAAAACAAUUUCAACAAAAUUAGUGCUGACUUGAAAAACCAAAUGCAACACGUACAGAUUACAAUCGAUGAGAGCAGGACGGAAGUAACAAACCUUAAAAAAACACUCCAAGCCCUGCAAAUUGAGCUUCAGUCACAACUUGCCCAGAAAAACUCCCUGGAAAUACUAUUAGCGGAGACCGAGGGAAGAUUCUGUAUGAAACUGUCACAUAUCCAGGAGACCAUUGCCUGUGUAGAGCAGCGGUUGGCACAGCUCAGAGCCGAGUCCGAGUGUCAGAAAUCUGAAUACCAACAGCUCUUGGAAAUGAAGACUAAGUUGGAGACUGAGAUUGCCACAUACCGAUCCCUCUUGGAUAAACUAGGGGCCAUACAAACCAAUCAAGGACAAGGACAGGUACAAGGACAAGGGCAGGGACAAGGACAAGGACAGGGACAGGGACAAGGCAGAGGUUCUUGGAAAUCAUAAACAAAUCUGUACAAGCUUUGGGCUGAAUAGUAGCAGCAUCCAUGGUGGUGGAAGAUGAAGAGAAGAAAACCCCCCAAAUAAAGGCAGUUUCAGCCAAAAAUUGAGAAAAUGUUAUGCAGAAAGCAGCAGGCUUAAUGUUUAUCUUUUACUUUCUGAGGAACUGAUUUAGACUGGGGAGCGAGCACAUGGAUUGAGCUACUGAAAACAUUGAUUAACUUGAUCAUGUGUCACUUCAUGCUGUUCCUUGUUAUUUUCUUUCUCUUUGCAUACUUUUCUCAAUAAACUCUUUUCUGAUGCAAGUUA